AUGGUUGUCACCAGCGGAAAUUCAGAUACUGGCGCAAUGUCUAGCUCAACAUCGACAACAUCUACUCAAAAGAGCGGUGAGAUUACAAAUGGUUGUGGUUCUGAAGAUAUGAUGAAUAUUUACUCGAGAUCUGCGGUGCUCACUUUGCCGCAUGGUAUAGCCAUGAAUAAUAAGAACAGUCAACAUGCGGGGCAUGGAGCACUUCUUUCCGGAAGAGAAUGCGUUAAUUUGAUUUCUUCAAAAGAGCAUUAUAUCGAUGAGUUACAGGAUUGUUGCCAUAUAAAUGAUGUAAUGGUUCGAUCCAAUGGACCGGCGAGUACAGAUAAGAAUACUCUUCUAGUGUUUGAUUUGACUACUAGCGGUUGCUUGAUUUCAUCGUCUACUGCGCCUUCUCGUAGCAGGACAGGCGGUAGUGAGAAUGCGGGUCCCUCGAAUAAAGAUAUUUACAGGAUACACUUAUCUUUGCCAAGUACUUUAUUGAAAAGACCUAAGUACCACUUUGAAAAACUGUUACAAACUGUUAUCGAUGACUCUAAAAGACUGAAAUUGAUGAGUUUAAUUGAUGAUUGCGACACAUUCCUCUUUUAUGAUGGGUCUAGUAAAAUGGACCGGUGUCUAAUAUCUACCUAUUGGCUGAUCAAAAAAUUCAGGGAUUUUUUGCAUGAAAAAGUGGGUAAAAAGAAUAUUAGGUUGUUUAUUCUAGAAAAUAUCGAUAAAGGUGUUGGAAACGGGACUGCAUCCGAAGUAAAAGACUCACAGAAUGGUGAGACUUCUGCUGGUAUCAAUGUCGAUAGCGCGACAUCUACACCGGGAGUCGAAACAAAACAAAAGAAACUAAAUUUGACGAUUAAAAUCUUACCAAAAUCCAGUGACAAGAUGUUUAUUCAGUCCAUCAAAAAGGACACGGUUCAUUAUUCUCCAAACUCAUUGAAGAGAUUUUUUAAAUUUCACAUACCUGAGGAACUCGAAGAAAAUGAUCCGGUCUUACCAAAUUGGCUGAAGCCGUUCUCCAAGAGAGAUGAAAGUGAUAAAAUAUUACAAAAGUUGUUACACAACUUCGAAUACUUAGAAGAUUUGGAAUUGAAAAGAUUGGAACGAGGAUUGACCAUUAACAACAAGAAUCAAGAAAAUUUAAAGCUACAGGAUUCAAAAUCAUAUCAUAAAAUAUAUUCGUUAUCAAACUUACAAAGAGAGUUCAAGAGGCAAGGAAAAAUGACGAAGCCUAAAACGAGAUCAUCUUCACCAUGUUUAUCAGAGACGAAAUUAAAACUUUCAAUUCCAAAAUCACAACCACCAUCACUUGCGACUUCUUUAUUGAAGACUAACUCAGCUGAUACACCAACUAGUACUCCACUUUCUUCUUCAUCCUCCUCCUCCUAUCAAGAGACAGAUACUGAGCCACUUUUGACUCCAAUGGAUAACUAUGAAAUGUCGCAAGGUAUUCAAUCUUUUGCAAAGAACAGAUAUUCCAAUAUUCUACCUUACGAACAUUCCAGAGUCAAACUACAGCCUUCGCCACUUCAUGGACCUACUAGUGGUUCAUACUCUCCCUUGGCAAGUGGUCCAACUGGUGUGGGGCUGGUGAAAACUCCAUCGGAAAAUGGUUUGUCGAAAAAGAGAAGAAACUCGAAUUCAUCGUAUUUCAACCAAAAUUUCGUUGAAGCAUCAGCGCCAAGAUCUAAUGAAGCUCGAAAAACACCAGGUGCUGUUGAAAAUUUCAAUGAUUAUUUCAACGCCAACUACCUCAAUUUACCGCAAGUUAACUCUGAUUUCAACUACAUUGCCACACAAGCGCCUUUACCUUCCACUAUAGAUGAUUUUUGGAAAGUAAUAUCUUCUAACAAGGUCAAAGUCAUCAUUUCAUUGAACUCAAACGAUGAGUUAUUUUUGCGAAAAUGGGAUAUUUAUUGGAAUAACGAUCGAUCAGGACAAAAGUACAAGAUAGAUAUAACGGAGACAUUUGAGGACUGCUGCAAUGUCAAAGGAUGCUUAUUACGGAUAUUCUCUUUCUAUAGAAGUGGAGAUGAAAACAACGAAUCAAAGAAAUUGGUCGUUUAUCAAUUGCAAUACACUAAUUGGUUAGAUUCUUGUGGAAUCGUUAUGAAGGACAUAUUAAGCCUCUACACGAUCAAGAACAUGUUAUUAAACAAACCUUCAGUCAUCCUUUCCGACCUACGGUCAGGUAAAGAAAAGGAUGCCAUGUCGUACGCAGGAGACGUUUGGCCGGAAAACUUCAAAAAGACAAAUGCUUCUAUAACGCACCCACCUUUGUUGGUGCACUGUUCAGCGGGUUGCGGUAGGACGGGAGUAUUUAUCACUUUGGAUUUCUUACUAAACGUUCUGAACGAGCCGACGAACACAUCAAAUAGCAUAGACGUUUGGAACAUGUCACAGGAUCUCAUCUUCAUUACAAUCAACGAAUUAAGAAAACAAAGAAUAUCUAUGGUACAAAAUCUGACUCAAUAUAUCACUUGUUAUGAGUCGAUUUUACAGUAUUUUGCAAUGCAAAAGAAGGGUCAAAUGGUUAAAAGGGAAGUGUCGGGGACACGUUAA